AUGUCUGCCAAAAACGCACAAGGCAAUGGCCGCAAGAAGCCCGCCUCUCCCGCAGUAAACUUGAUUGCGGGAGGUGGUGCUGGUAUGAUGGAGGCUCUCGUUUGUCACCCUCUGGACACAAUUAAGGUCCGCAUGCAGCUUUCACGGAGAGCUCGCGCUCCUGGUGUCAAGCCUCGUGGCUUCGCCGCUACCGGUGCUGAGAUUGUGCGCAAGGAGACUGCCAUGGGUCUGUACAAGGGUCUGGGUGCUGUUCUGGGUGGUAUUAUCCCUAAGAUGGCCAUCCGUUUCACUUCAUACGAGCAAUACAAGGGUAUGCUCGCAGACCCAGAAACCGGCAAUGUCACCAGCAAGGCCACUUUCCUCGCUGGUCUCGCCGCCGGUGUCACUGAAGCCGUUGCCGUUGUCACCCCCAUGGAGGUGAUCAAGAUUCGUCUCCAAGCCCAACAUCACAGUCUUGCCGACCCACUCGAUACCCCCAAGUACCGAAGCGCCCCUCACGCUCUUUUCACUGUUAUCAAGGAGGAGGGUUUCAGCACCCUGUGGCGUGGUGUCUCUCUCACAGCUCUGCGCCAGGGUACCAACCAGGCCGCCAACUUCACCGCUUACACUGAGCUGAAGGCCCAGCUGCAGCGCCUGCAACCUGAAUACAGCAACACUCAGCUGCCCUCAUACCAGACCACCUGCAUCGGUCUUAUUUCCGGUGCCGUCGGUCCUUUCUCCAACGCUCCUAUCGAUACCAUCAAGACCCGUCUCCAGAAGACCCGUGCUGAGCCCGGCCAGUCUGCUGUCACCCGUAUUGUGCUUAUUGCCAAGGAUAUGUUCAAGCAGGAGGGUGCCCAGGCUUUCUACAAGGGUAUCACCCCUCGUGUGAUGCGUGUUGCUCCUGGACAGGCUGUCACCUUCACUGUGUAUGAGUUCCUCAAGGGCAAGCUGGAGAAGUCCAACUGGGCCUUUGUGGGUGGUUCGUUUGAGGAGUAA